AGAGCUGAAGGGUGGUGCCAAAUUAAAAGCAAGCUGACUUUUCCUGCACGACUGUUCUCUGGCAGCAAAGGAUCAAUCUAAUCUUCCUGGACUAUACAGCCAAAGACACAUACACACACCCCUCUUGCACAUACUUCAAUGUUUUCAAAGAUUGCUGGGUUGCUUUGGGGCAUUAUUUCGCCUGAGAGGAGUUGACUGUCGGAGAGCCUUUGAGAAAAGCAGAAUAAGAGUAAUCCGUAACUAGACACCCAAUUCAAGGGAAACUUUACACACCGGUUUAUCAAGUUCAGCACUAUGACUGAUGGGGACUAUGACUAUCUGAUCAAGCUCCUGGCCCUUGGAGAUUCUGGGGUUGGGAAGACAACUUUCCUGUACAGAUAUACAGACAAUAAGUUCAACCCAAAGUUCAUUACAACAGUAGGAAUUGACUUCCGGGAAAAGCGUGUGGUAUACAACAGUCGGGGGUCAAAUGGAUCUCCUGGGAAAGCCUUUAAGGUUCAUUUGCAGCUCUGGGACACAGCUGGGCAAGAAAGAUUCAGAAGUCUCACAACAGCAUUUUUCAGAGAUGCCAUGGGCUUCUUGUUAAUGUUUGAUCUCACCAGUCAACAGAGCUUCUUAAAUGUCAGAAACUGGAUGAGUCAACUACAGGCAAAUGCUUAUUGUGAGAACCCAGACAUAGUAUUAAUUGGAAAUAAAGCUGACCUGUCAGAUCAGAGAGAAGUCAAUGAAAGACAAGCAAAAGAUCUUGCAGACAAAUAUGGCAUCCCAUACUUUGAAACAAGUGCAGCUACGGGCCAAAAUGUGGACCAGGCAGUGGAAACACUCUUGGACUUGAUAAUGAAACGUAUGGAACAGUGUGUUGACAAGACUCAAGUCUCUGACACGGCCAAUGGAGGAAGUUCAGGGAAGCUGGCUUCAGGAAAAUCAGAAGAGAAGAAAUGUGCUUGUUGACUUCAUUGCCUGAGCAGAGGAGAAAGAAUGAGAAAUUGUCAAAUCAGAAAAAGACAGACUGACCAACCACUAAAUCCAACCCUGAAAGCUCUUGUGGACCACAUGGGACAGCUGUUAUUGUCUUAAGCAAGCCUGAUGUGUUUUGAUGCUGAGAAAGUCAUAUUUGAACAGAUGCUCCCUUUAUAGUGUCAUGUUCAUGAAUAAAAACCCAAAGGCCCUCAUCUUCUCAGUACCAUUAGUUUAGUAAAUAGAGGAAAUACUUUCCUCUUUGGGAGAGAGCAUUGUUGAAAUGUUAGAAGACAGUUUCAUGAUCAGAUAAGAGGUCAGCCUGGAGGCCUGUAUCAUCAUUUCUAAUCACAAUGCCUUCUGUUACAGUGAGCAUUAUGCACUUGCUAAAGAUAGGUUGUCUUUAGAGAGUGUGUUUAAUGUGGCUUACUAUAUAUGACUUUUAAACAAAAAUACCAAGCAUCUAUUGCAGUUACAUUCAGCUGCCUAAGCUCUUAUUGAAUUCAGAAUGUGGAAUCCUCUUCCAGAGCGAAGUUGGGGACUAAGGAAUAUUAUGGUUCAGUCCUCAAGUAGAACUAGUGAGAGGUGGGCUAGAGGAGAAAGGAGAUGCCCCAAAAUUCUGUUACACUUCAAGUGUUGAAAAGGAAGUGUUGAGAAAGAGCAGAUACAUAGUGGUAGCUUAAAGUUUUGGAAAGUUUCCACAAACUGAAAUACUCAGGCCAAGCAUAUAAGAUUUGUGUCCCAAUAAUAUGUACACAGGAAUGUUGAACGCUUUCCCUGAUUACUCUAAAAUUGUGAUCCUUUAUUGGAGGUUUUUCCCUGUACAGGAAAAAAGAGACAGGUUGGGGAUAUCUGUUAGGGUCCAUAUAAAUCCAGUUAGAUUUUCUAAGUAAUGCUUUUCCUUCAUAUUUGUGAUUUUAUGUUUAUUUUACAGGUGGGUACUUCAUAAUUUGAAACAUUUGAACUUGGAGUUGCUAAGUAACAAAGCGGUGGAUUAUAAGUGUAGAUAGGCAGUCUGUUAAGGAAAAUGUGUAACCUAAAGCCACAUGUGAUAGGACAGUGAUGUACUAAAAUGUGUCUUCUCAAAUAAAAAUCCGGUGACUUUCCUUCUAUUAUGUUCCAUUCCUAUAUGAUAGUAAGGAGCCAGUUAGGGAUAUCACAGAACAACAUGGCUGGCUCUGUAGCAGAAACAAGACAAGGCCCUGAGAUCAGUAGCAGCUCAUUGGGGAUUUUGGAGGAGGCUGGAUACAAAUAAAACACUUAAGCACUGUGUCUAAAUCCAAUUUCUAGUCCUAACUACCAUAACUCUUUGGGUCAGUGGGAAUUGUGGAAGUGUUGACUUACUGUUCAGCAGUUGAUUCAGUGGGUCUAUUUUAGUUGAGAUUAACAACUGGAUUUCAGAAUUUAGCCUAUUGGUCUUUGUUUUUUCUUCAUCCUCCUGACUAACCUUUUCCCUUCUGAAAUAUAGCCAUUCCAAAAUAGGCUGACAUAGACUGUCACUAUUAUUUAAUUUUGGAAAGCUCAUCUUACUAGGAAGAAAUUGCCUUCUUGUACUAGUCCAGUGCAAAAAACUUCUUACUGGUUAACCACUAAUAUCUCCAGUCUUUGAAGUUGAUAUAUGCAACAAUUUAAUGGAAGGUAGAGAAAUGAUAAUUUUUUUAGGGCUAAUGUACUCCAUUAAGUUUUUUCUUCAUUUUCAUUCAGUUUCUUUGCCAUGCUUAGCAUAGUUUAAAAUAAAGGUCAUAAUCCUGCAUUGGGAGAUGUAGCUAUGUCUUUGUACCUAUAUGUCCCAAUGUUAUCCUGCUAACCUACCCUUUCAUCAGUGGAGGGCCUCUCUACUGCCAGUCAUUUAUUUAUUUGAAGAAAGUAAAAGGAUAAGCAGGGACACAUCCAGCAUUUACCAGAUGUGCUCUUUAAGGGAUUUUGGGCUUCAGCUCCCAGAAUCCCAGACUAUUGGCCAAUGUGGCUGAGGCUUCUGGGAGCUGAAGUCCAAAAUCUCUUAAAGGGCACAGUUUGGGGACCACUGCUAUAGGGCAUCCCAUACAGAAGCCUGUUCAAGUAUGUCCAGAUACAGGAAAAGAGCUGGACACAUCUCCACUCAUUCAUCUCCCUUGAUCUUUGGCCACAUGGAAAUUGCCAUAUUAUGGGGGCAGUGCUAAAAAGCUGGAGUGUUGUGUGGAUUGAAGAGACCCCCUGACCUGCACAGUGACUGUAAAAACUGAGUUGCAAUGGUGUGAGACAGACUUAUGCCAUUGCAAUUCAUACACAGGAUGCCAGCCAAAAUGUUUAUGAUUUAUUCUAGGUCUUGAUAAUAAUCCAUUAUGAACUCCUGCCUGCAAAGCUAGUGUUGCCUUCUUCAACAGCGCCAAAAGAGUUCAUGUUGUAGAAAAAAACAACCUUUUUUACACCAGGAAAGGAGGAGGAAACUACUCACUUGGAGCCAGAGUAUCCUGCUUAAGAUUGAUGGCAUGAGUGGUUGUAACUGACUAGGAAAGAAUAACAGAUCCUGGCUUCAUUAAAGGGAGGUAAUCUUUUCUCAUGUGUUAUAAAAAUUUAUAACAGGAGCAUUUUAUUUCUUUUCUGCCAUCCUGUCAUGAUUUCAUACUGGCUUUCCUACUGGAGACACAAAAAUUUCCACAGUGUCUCUUUGAUCUUAAUGUGCACUUUCAGUAUUCUCGAGUUCUGGAUACCUUUUCUUAACCUAACCUUGCUGUCUGUUGCUAAAAGAUCAUCACUGCAGAAUUGGGACACAUGGCUGACUUUAACUGAGGGAUCCCAGGUUAUUUUAACAGGGUUACACUUGACAGAUGGUUUUACAUCUUCUAGCUUGAAUGUGUGGUGAUUCUGGCACCAUAUGUUUAAUACUGCAAGGACAGGUGCACAGAUAUUGCAGUGGUUUGCAUGUGUGUUGCUCUGGCAUGCAUAUCUGACUGCAGUCUGACAUUGCUGUCUUGUCUACUUCAUGCCAGGCUGCUCUCUAGAACAGCAGUAACCCAUGGCUUUUCAGUACUAACAGCUUGACAGCAGAAAUUGGGCUGGUAGCACUCCUGAAUGGCCCUAAGAAACAACUCUCCAGAGGCCCAUUCUGUUUUAGUUCCCUGAUCCUAGUCCAGCAUAACAUCGGUGUGGGUGACUAUUCUAGCCAUGCAUGCUCAUUUGAUCAUAUGAAGUAUUUCUGUUGUGAACUCUUGAGCCUCUGCAUGCAAAGGACUGAGAAGUUUGAGAACAGUAUUUCCCCCCAAUAUGGUGCAUGUUUUUUUAACCAGUGCAAAAAAGCACAAUGACAAUUUGUAGCUACUGACCACUGAGAUGUGGAAUCCCACAUUUGCACUAACUACCACUACUGGAUUGAACUAGAAGGCUGGUUCACUGACUCACAUUCAAAUUCAUUUAAUUGUUUCAAUUAUGUAUGUUCUGAUUCAUUCUAUGGUACAUAAUUAAUCAUCUGUGGCACCCUGUGAUCUCAGUACCUCAUCCCUGCCUUAUCAGAGCUGGAAAUGAAGGAGGAAGGCACAGGCUGGGUAAGCAUACAUCAGGUAACAUUUUGCUCUCACAGUUCAACACUGGAGGCUUAACAAAACAUGCUUACAUACAUUGGAAUACUUGAACAGAUUUCAUCUGCCGUUCAUGGAUCCACAAUUGUCAAGGCAGUAGGAAAGCUUUUAUGAAAAGGAAAGGUGAUAUUGUAACUGCAGGCUUCUGUUUGUUCUGCUACAGCAGUUGGCCUUGAUAUGCGUGGAGAUUAUUUGCAGCAAAACCUAGCUCUGUGCAAGAAAAAUGGAGAGAACAUAUGACUGACAGUAUGGGCCUGAACAAACAGGGAAAAAUAAAGCUGCUUCGGGUCACUUGGGAGGUAUGCUGUUUAAAUGAUGCAUGCAUCCUAAGAGGCUGGAAGCCAUGCCAAAGCCAUGCUCUAGUCCUAAGGACUACAGCACUGCUUUAGUGCAGAUUCUGGCCUCUUAUAAUGUGUGUGUCAUUUAAACAGCAUGCCCCCAAAGUGACCCGAAGCAGCUUUAUUUUGGCCUGUCUGUUCGGGCCCUAUGUGAAGUACAGUUAUAUUUGGAUAAGCCUAUUGAGAAAUAAAAAAAAAAUGUGCCUAACUGUAUUCUUCAGAAAAAAUAAAGAGACUGCAUAUUAUUAUUGAGUGCUGAAAGAUAUUUUGUCCACUUAAACAGAAAAUUGUAUUAAUAUCAGUUGGAUCUCAAGAAAAAAAUCAUUACCUCAUUUAGAAUUUGCUUGUAUACUAGUCCAUCUCAGAUCUGCAAGAGUGUUCAUCAUAUGCUUGUAUCAUUGUUAUUCUUAAGGUUUAUCACAGUGUCACCUUCUCUAAGGGCCCGAACAGACAGGCCAAAAUAAAUCUGCUUUGGGACACUUUGGAGGAAUGGUAUUUAAAUGACACAUCUUAAAAGGCCAGAAGCUAUGACAAAG